AUGUCUUCCACCAUCCAGGCCCGCGCAAUCAAGUCUCGCCCCAAGCGCACAGCUGAGCAAAUACAGCUGUCCAAUAAGUGUACCAAAGACCUCAUGGACGACAUUGUGAAGCACCGGUCGAGCAUUGUUAACGGUGCCAAGGACAUUGCCCAGAAUCACAAAAGGUCGGCGGAUUGGGUUCUUACUCAGACGUUUUUGGGUGCGAGCAUGGACCCCACCCCCACCAAGCUGAAGCCGAAUGGGUGGGCUCACUUCUUGAGCCACUCCUACGAAACACGUGGAGCGAACCAUCCCGGCGGCGCAGAAGCCAUGACCACCAUAUCCAAGCAGAUAUCCGACGAGUGGGCCACCUUCACGAACGAACAGAAGGCCGAGUGGUCGAGGCGUUCACUCGAAGCUCAGCAGAAGGCCCUCGACGAGGCCAAGAGCAAGGGCCAAGACGUCGUCAAGCCCGCGAAACGAGUCAAGGGCAAGCAUAUCGCGAACACCGUCGAGGCGACCUUUGCCCGGAAGAUCGAUCCUACCCUAGCUGAGGUCAGCCAGGCCACAGGCUGUCACGUCAUGUACAUCGCUGUCCGCAACAAGCUUACCGACACCUACUCCCCUCGGAACUAUGCUUCUGCACGCCUUGAUGAGGCGUGCAUGAUGUUCUUCAAGCUCUCGGCGGAGGAGGUGAUGAUGCGUCUUGACGCCUACGUUGCAGGUGGACUAGCCCAGCUGGCCACUGUAACCGGGGAGCGGCGUGGCUCUCUCCUGCAGAGGGUAAUUCGGGAGCAGGUGCUGUAUAAACUUCGUAAGCUUCUCGAAGAACGUGGCGUGCCCGCCGACCAGAUGCCGAACACCAUGGAAUGGGCCCGGUACGACAAGCUCAUUGUCUUGAGGUUCGGCGUCGAGCUCGUCGGAUAUCCAGGUCCUGGAGGCAAAGUCGUCAACCCGAGCGCCAUCGAGUCCGUCACCAGGCUCGCCCAGAUCGAGAUUGCGGUGAGGACUGGCGAGUGCUACUGGCGAGAGCUCUCCGAGGAGGAGUGGGAUGCCCUCAGGGCGGCCAGUGAGCAGCAGCUCCUCCUGGGCAUUCCGGACGACAGCGCGCCUUCCCAGAAGCGGGCGAAGAAGGCUCAUCCCGCCCCAUCGCCCCCCGCCGGCAUCAACGCUUCCCCGUUGCCAUUCUCCGAGAGCUACGUGACGCCGACAUCGUCGGCGCCGUCCCUGGCCCCGCAAGAUUCAUCUUUGCCCUCGCCGAUGUUUCCCUCUUCCAUGGCCUCUCCGUUUGGCAUGCAGUUGUCUGCCGGGUUUGAUCAAGAGUUCUCCCCUGUCCAUGAUCCCUCCUUCCCUAGGAUGCCGGCGUCUCAGCAGCUUCAUUUCUCCCCUUCCUUGUCGUCGUCGUCCCUCGCGCCCUUGGAGACUGACAUCCAAGAGCCCGGUUAUUUCAUGACUCUCCUUAAUAAUUAA